AAUGCUAGUAUUCUUAAGCGAAAAUUGCUAAAGAGAUACUGGAUAACUGAAAUUGACCCACUGUAAAAUCCAUAUAAAUAGAGAGCCCUAAAAUCAAGAGAACAAAUUACUUUUAUUUAGUCUCUGUGGCUAUGUACACACUGAUGAUAAUAGACAUUAGGUACAUAAAAAAGUAAUAAUAUCUUAUCUUGUUGUCAAAUAUUUUAGUAAUUAUCAGGACACCUAAGAUAAAUGCACCUAAAAGUGCCAAAGAGAUUAUCAAAACCAAAUGUUGUCCAUCAAUCAAAUAAAUAAUAAAAAAGUAGAAACUUAAAAGCAUAAUGACUAUCUCUAGGAUGCGAAAAUAAUGAAGCCUGUAUUUACUCAUCUCAAUUUCAUAUAAAUCUUCAAAGUCUUGGUUUGCAAAUCUCAAGGUCCAUCGAUUAAAUAGUAAAUUAUUCAUAAUUAUAUCAACUAAUUGAAAAUUUAAUAUAUAUAUGCUCAAAGCUCUCUCGAAUAGUUGUAUUCUAAACGAAAUAUUCUCAAAACUGUUCUUAAUUUCCAAUCUAUUUACUCUACUUAAUUUUAAAAUACUUACAUGUAAAAAAGAAUAGAAACUUUGAAACAUUCUGGAAUGUAUAGAUCAAUAUACUAAUUUAGGGAAGUUACAAUAGAUCUUCAAGUGCUUAUUAUGUUGAAAUAAUUCACAAAUAUUUGA